ACGUGACUCUGGAUUCUUUGAAGACGUUAAUAAAGAAACCGAAUUCAUCUUUGUAUCAUUAGAAAAUAUUUUGAAACCAAUACUUCAUGAAAAUCGCAAAUUACCAUCAUACCACAUUAGAGAAAAUUUUUAUUCAAUUAAGAAGAACUCGUGCUCAUUUGAAAUUACUUCUAACAUUCAAGAAUUCUUCGAAUUUAAUAAUAAAUUUGAACAAACCCGAAGUGAUGAUGAUGAAGAUACAUCCGAUGACUCUAAAUUACCUUUGGAAUAUUAUCUAAAACCUAUACCCAUUGAACAAAAAAUAGUUCCAUACUAUGGAAAAAAAACUACUUUUAUCACUAUUAACAAACAAAAUUCUUGUUCAUUCUUUGUAGAUUUGUGA